AUGGCUGCUAUCCCCUCAUCUCCGCGCCCUCCCUUUAACUCCCAACCCCUUCACAACAGGGUGAAUGGCGAUACCAACGUCGCCUUGGAGCAGGUGCAGCAGUCCCCCACCAUGAGCAGCGCCAUGGUUAAGUACCUUCACUGCAUCCCCAGCGAGAAGCUGUUGCUCACUCCCUUCUCUACCCUAUCUCCCCCCAUCAAUAUCCACCAAUCUCCAACACCCCAAUCGCUCCCCAACCAGUGUGAAUGCGAGAAGCUCUUGAACGCGACGCGCUACGCUCGCUACACCGCUGCCACCGUGCUCACCACGGCCAAUAGCUCCGUGGUCAGCAACGCUCCUAUGAUCUUUGCCUUUCUUGGUGUUCCGGGUGGCAUCUGUGUGCCGUACGGCCCGGCGCCCAAUUUCACGCGCGACACGGACCUCUGUGUGAAAGGCACCAUCCUCUUCCCGCAGUUUGUGAAUGUGAGUGGCACGUGUGCUGAUGUGCCUUUUGAGUCGGCCACACACAGCACAAACACCACAUUGUUUGUAACACCCCUUCCCCCUGUCCCCUUUCCCCCUGUCCCCUUUCCCCCUGUCCCCCUCCCCCUGUACCCCUCCCCCUGUCCCCCUCCCCCUGUCCCCCUCCCCCUGUCCCCUUACCCCUGCCCCCCUUCCCACUGUCUCCCUCCCCCCUCCCUGCAGGUGCUUAUGACGACCGCCGGCAACACCGCUUUGGUGCCGGAGGUGAUGCUUAUGACGACAGCCGGCAACACUCCGUUGGUGCCGGAGGUGGUGAGGAACGACCUCACAGCCACGGCUCAGACGCUCGAGCUGCUCGAAUCCACCAUCCCCAACGUGCUCACUCUCAUCGACUGCUCCUAUGUCGCCAACAUUGCUGCGGUGAGCGAAGGCAAUGGUUACCAGCCUUCAGAUUCUCUGGAUCGGCUUCCUGGCUUCCUCCUCACUCUCUCCUCUCCCUCCUCACUCUCUCCUCUCCCUCCUCACUCUCUCCUCUCCCUCCUCACUCUCUCCUCUCCCUCCUCACUCUCUCCUCUCCCUCCUCACUCUCUCCUCUCCCUCCUCACUCUCUCCUCUCCCUCCUCUCCCUUGACUCCUCACUGUCCCCUCUCCCUCCUCUCCCUUGUCUCCUCAUCUCCUGUAAAUUUUGCAAUAUCCGAGGGACAGGCGAUGGUGACCAACUUUCAGAUGCUCUGGGUUGGAUUUCUGGUCAUCAUCACCAUCGCCUGCAUGAUGCAGGCGCCCUUCUACCACAUGCAGCCUUACUGUCAAAUCACCUCAUCUCCCUUGCCUCCCCCCACAGUUUGCAAUAUCCGAGGGACAGGCGAUGGUGACCUACUUCCAGAUGCUCUGGAUCGGCUUCCUGGUUUCCUCCUCACUCUAUCCUCUCCCUUGUCUCCUCAUCUCCCUGUUCCCGUCGCAUACCCCGCAGGAGGGGAGGGCGGGGGGCUGACGCAGGUGAACGAGCCUAGCUUUGCAGAAGGCUCAGACAACUCGUAUGCAGGCGAAAGCGGUGCUGGUUACAAGUGA